AUGGGUAACCAAAUGAGUGUCCCACAGAGGGUUGAAGACCAAGACAAUGAUUCAGAAAGAGACACUUACAAGAACAGGGCAUGCGCUCAGAACGGGAUGAUCGUGUCGACCCACACGGUUCAACACUGCAAUGAAGUCGAUUUGGGAAUAAGUGUCAAGGAGGAUAAUGUGGCCGCUUCUUCCCUCAAGACAAUGGAGAUAAGCCCUGUUCCAAAUGCCAACGGAAAGAAUCUUGGGAAAGAGGCCAAACCCGAGGCACCAGCUGCUAAAUCUCGUUUUUUCUUGACACUCUCUCGGCCUGUACCAGGGCGUACCGAAGACCCAGCCACGGAUUCAUCUGCUGGAUCAGUGACGCUUGGUGUCACCUCCAGUAACGCUCCAGAGAACAAAGAACUGAGUGAGAACAUGGCCCUUCGGGUAGCAGCUGCGCAGGGCCACGACCCAGAUAAAACCCCCGGCCAGACCCCGGCCCCACACGAGGGCUUCUCUGACACUUGGGGACCAGCACCUCUGCCACCUGAAUCAGCAGAAGCAGCCCCCUCCAAGCCUAAGGACUCCAGCUUUUUUGACAAACUCUUCAAACUGGACAAGGGACAGGAAAAGGCGCCCGUUGACAACCAGCAGGAAGCCAAGAGCGUGGAGCAUCAACGCCAGGCUGACGAGAUUUCUGGGUCGCCGAGGCAGUCUGAUGAUGUCCCUGCGGAGGGGGACAUAGUUGAAGGCAAGGGCAAAGGACAGGAAGUCACACCCGUGAGUUGCUCCGUCCCCGGGGACUCUGAAGAACUGGAGAUUGCAAAGGAGGACCCCCAGACGACAGAUAUAACCGAGAAUAAUAACUCCAUCAUGAGCUUCUUUAAAACACUGGUUUCACCUAACAAAGCUGAAACGAAAAAAGAUCUGGAAGAUACGGGUGCUGAAAAGUCACCUGUCACUUCAACAGACCUCAAGUCAGACAAAGCCAACUUCGUACCCCAGGAGACCCAAGGGGCAGCCAAGAAUCCUACAGUCACAGAAACAGCGAAGGAAGGAGCCAAGGAAAAGGGAGGACCCACCUCUCUGCCUCUGAGCAAACUAUUCUGGAAAAAGUCAGUUAAAGAGGAUUCAGUCCCCACAGGUGCAGAGGAGAAUGUGGUGUGUGAAUCACCAGUAGAGAUUACAAAGUCCGAGGAAGUAGACUCAGCCUUACAAACAGUGGAUCUCAGCGAAGAAGGAGAUGCUACACCAGAAGCCACAGAAGUAAAACUCAGAAGAGAAGAACGCAAACCACCGAGAACCUCCCUGAUGGCAUUUCUCAGACAAAUGUCAGUGAAAGGGGAUGGAGGGAUCACCCACUCAGAAGAAAUAAAUGGGAAAGACUCCAGCUGCCAAAUAUCAGACUCCACGGAAAAGGCCACCACGCCGCCAGAGCCAGAGCCGGCGGGAGCAGGCCAGAAGUGCACAGAGGGCCCCUCAAAGGACAAGAAGGCCUCGGCCGAGCUGAACAAGCAGAAGACCAACAAGCAGGACACCAAAGAACCGGCCCCGUGUGCAGAGCCGGCCGCGGCGGAGGCCAACUCGCUGCCCAACGGGGACAAGUCCCAGAAGAGACCCGAGAGGCGGCGGCAGUCCCUCGGAGGCUUCUUCAAGGGCCUGGGACCAAAGCGGAUGUUGGAUGCUCAAGUGCAAACAGACCCCGUGUCCAUCGGACCCGUUGGCAAAUCCAAGUAAACAAAUCGCCACAGUUCCCACCGAGUUCUCCUGCCAAGAUGCCUUCUCCCUACUCUAUUUCCUCCCCUAAACCACUCCAUGUAUAUAUAUUUUUUUUCUUCCGAUGACCAUCAAAUGAAAUUCUGCCUACAAAUUAAGCCUGAGCUGUUGUAUAUUGAGGUGUAUUAUUUACGUCUCUGGUCCAGUCUUUCCUGGUAAAUAACUGUGAGGAUGGUUUUUAGCAGGUUAACUGGUCAGGUCGGAAUUGCUGAUGGUUGUGGGUUGGUGGGGGUCGGGGGGAAAAAUGCAUUCUGGUUAAGUUAUGAAAAAUGGCAGAAACAAGUAAGUUGCAGGAGAGAAAUGCCUGCCGGAAGGAAUUAGGCUUUGUAGUAAAUACAGGCUCAUCCUCCCAGCUCUAAGAGGAAAGACGAAAAUCCGUUUGUUUAACUUCACAGUUCUGGGAGGGAGAGCAGGGGCCCUGUGUUGGCAGGGUGCCAAUUUCCUGGCAUGGAAACAAAAUGAAUAAGAGUUGUUUUUCAAAUAGGGUCCUUGAACGUUAUUGACGAGAAGGAUAAGAUUGACUGGAGGGGGCUUGAAACGGUUUGGGAAAACAAUUGCUUCUGGAGGCCCCGUGACCAGGGCGAGGAUUACAACUUAAAAAACAAAACAGAACAAAUAAAUGAAGUUGCAAGUUUACUUUGCAACACCAGGGGGCGCCCAGGGCUCCAUUUUCAUCUUGCAUCCUGCACCCCUAACAAAGACCUGGU